CUUCUCUCCUUCACACCCACAGUCAACGACUUCGGCUUUCCUUGAGCUAAGGUGUUGCAUACAAGGAGUCACAGACUACUGAAAGUCAAGGCCGUGUAGGGGCCCCGCAAGACUUUUUGCCCAUCCUAAGGCCUCGCUGCGCAGCGCUCCACCCAAGAUGGACGAGAUCCGCAAAGUCCCCCCAAUCACCCGCUUUCUCAUCGGCUCCACCCUCGUCACAUCCCUUCCAUGCAUCCUUUCCCUCCUGAACCCGUACCACCUCCUCCUCUGGUAUCCCGCCAUCCUCCGCAACUACGAGAUCUGGCGUCCCCUCACCUGCUUCUUCCUAACUGGGCUAGGCCAGAAUGGAGGGCUUCAGAUGGUCUUCGACCUCUUCUUGCUCGGUAGGAACACAUUGGACUUGGAGACUAGUGGCCAAGGGUUCGCUAGAAGGACCAGCCAGUUUGCGUGGGCGUUGCUGAUGAUGGGGUUUGUGAUUCUGGGCACCAACUACCCGCUCGGGAGCACGGUGCUAUUCAACCCUAUGCUGAGCGCGCUUAACUAUCUGUGGGCGAGACACAACCCGAAUGCCAGGGUCAGUCUCUUCGGCCUGGUUACCCUUCCUGCCAACCUGCUACCCUACGCCUACCUGGGAUUCGAUGUGCUGCGUGGCGGCUUGCCGUUGGCAAUGCAGAGCGCUACAGGUCUGUUGGCGGGGCAUGCUUGGUGGGUGCUGGCAGAGGCGGCUCAAGGUGAUCACCCUGGAGGGGCCGCUCGUAGGCUGGCUACCCCUCCUGGUUGGCUGCAAGCUUUGCUACCGGACAGCGUGGCACCAGAAGAUGUGGCCGCGCAGGCUGCUAGAGACGCUCCAGGGGGUGCAGGAGGACGGGUAGCGAGCAGAGCAUGGGGUGGAACGGCUUUCGCUCCGAGAGGUCGCAACUUUGGAGACGGGCAAGGCGUCGGGGCAUGGGCUUCGGGAGGCGGUGCUGCUGGACAGACCAUUGGUGGUAGUGGGGUAGGCGCAGCUACACGAGGAGGAUCGUCAUGGUUGCCCAGCUUCCUCGGCGGUGGAGGCGGAGGUGGAUCGACAGCAUCAACGUCGACUUCAGCUACUCCCGCACACAGGCGAGACGCCCUCCUCGAGGCCACAGAACGCCGUUUGCGUGCUCAGCGCGAGUCGUCCAUCGCAGGCAGGAAUGAGCGCGCAGCCCCUUCUGGCCCUGCCGUGGUGCAAGGCCAAGCUGGUGGGCCGAGCGGAGGAAGCACCUAUUCAUCUGGUGUGCCAGCGGCUUCAGCGUCUUCCGCCACUUUGAGAAGUCGCACGACUGGAUCUGCAGGUGUGACAGGGCGCGUGCAGCACGGUCAAGGUCGAGGCGGCGAUAGCGACGAAGAGGAAGAGCUUGACGCGAGCAGCUCGGGUGGGGCUGUCGCUGAGCAGCGCAGGGCUGAGCCUAGGGGUGGCGGUGGCGGUAGCAAGUCUGCCGGUGGCAGCAGUAGCGGCGCAGCAGACAAUGGUGGUGGGCAUCAGUGGGGAACGGGUCAGCGUCUGGGCGAGUGAGCCUGCGCCCAAGACAACAUAAUCAAUCCAAUCAGCAUCUCCAACAUUUCUUUGCCUCUGCC